AAUUGUUAUCUGAUUGCCAGCCCUUUCCAGCUUAUCUCAAUAGAAAUAUCAAACAUCAGUAUCAUACGCUUCUCUCUCUCUUCCACAAACUCCACGGGGUGCGACAUUGGGCUUUCACGUAACGCAACUGUUGUUGUCUUGUUGAUGUCUACAUGUAGCAAGCAGAUUUUGAGCAAAUAGCAGAGCAAGUAUACUCAAGAGUCCUGACAAAAACAGGGAAGCGAGUUCACAGAGACAUGUCUGCAAGUAGCAGUAAGGAUAGUAGAUGGUCUCUUCAAGGAAUGACUGCUCUCGUUACUGGCGGUAGCCGCGGAAUUGGGUAUGCAAUAGUGGAGGAACUGGUAGGAAUGGGGGCAACCGUGCACACAUGCUCUUCUAAUGAAUCCCGGCUCAAUGAAUGCCUCCGCGAAUGGGAAACAAAGGGAUUUGCAGUGACUGGUUCAGUCUGUGAUGUAAACUCUCGAGCCCAAAGAGAAGAUAUAAUGGCCUAUGUUUCAACUCUGUUCAAUGGCAAACUUAACAUCCUUAUAAACAACGUGGGGACAGGAAUAUGGAAACCUGCUACAGAAGUCACAGCUGAUGAAUUAUCGUUUACCAUGAACACCAACCUUGAAUCUGGUUUUCAUUUGUCCCAACUUGCCUAUCCUCUUUUGAGAAAUUCAGGAAAUGGGAGCAUUGUUUUUAACUCUUCGGUUGCUGGGGUUGUCUCGUUAAGCCUUUCAGCUCCAUAUGGACUAACCAAAGGAGCGUUGAAUCAACUUGCAAAGAAUUUGGCGUGCGAGUGGGCGAAAGACAGUAUCAGAAUCAAUGCUGCGGCUCCCUGGGUCAUCAUUACAGAUCUUACUAAAGCUUAUUUGGAAGAUGAAAAAUAUAAGGAGGCUGUAAUAUCUCGAACUCCCAUGGGACGCACAGGAGAGCCAAAGGAGGUGUCUUCAUUGGUGGCAUUCUUAUGUAUGCCAGCAGCUUCAUACAUAACUGGACAGACUAUUUGCGUUGAUGGAGGGAUGACUGUGAAUGGCUUCUCAUUUCCAUAAAUAUAUGCUGAAUCUGAAUCUAUGCUUCAAAUAAACUCGCCGGUUUAUGUGCUGUAAUAAUAAGAAGCAUGGAGAUGUUUGGACCUUUGAAUCAUGAAGAAAUGACUGAAACUUCAUAUUCUUUCUGAACUAUAAGCAAGGACUUUUCAGAUCAAUUAAAAUAAUUGUUGUUGGGAUAAAUUUAUCCUUGA